AAUCAGCGCAGAGCCUUCGGAUCAGCCGAAUGUGGCAGUCGUGACGAAGACGACGUCCCAAUCGAUUCGUCUUAGAAUAAUACCAAAUUAAGAGUUUAUUUCUAUCGUUUCGGUCGGGAUUCAUGAAAUAGUCGGACGUUUCGUUCGGACAGGGAAAAAAAAAAAGAAAGAGAAGAUGAUUUCCCCGUGGGACCGGUGGUACUCGACCAGCUGCUGCCUUUGCUGCCAUGUACGGACGGGCACCAUUAUCCUGGGGAUAUGGUACAUGCUCAUCAAUGCCGUGGUUCUACUCAUCCUGCUGUCAGCGCUCAACGAUCCAGUCCAGUACCGCUACCACCUUACCAGCUCCGAGCUUGGCACCGACAUAGAUGUCAUGGACGAUGCAAAUAUCUGCAUAGCCACUGCAAUAUCCCUGCUCAUGAUACUUAUAUGUGGUAUGGCGACAUACGGUGCUUACAAGCAACACGCUGCUUGGAUCAUUCCAUUCUUCUGCUACCAAAUCUUCGACUUUGCCCUUAACACCUUGGUAGCCAUUAGUGUGGUGGUUUAUCCCAACACCGUGCAGGACUACCUCCAGCAGCUGCCGGGGACAUUCCCUUACAAAGAGGACAUCAUGUCCACCAACAACAUGUGCCUAGUCUUUGCAGUGCUCCUGUUCGUAGGCUGCAUUCUCUCUUUCAAGGCCUACCUGAUUGGCUGUGUGUGGAACUGCUACAGAUAUGUGAGUGGCAGGGGGACCACGGAGGUCCUGGUUUACGUCACCACCAAUGACACCACGGUCCUGCUGCCGCCCUAUGAGGAGGCCAUCGCCAUUCCGCCCAAGGAGCCCCCUCCCCAGUACAUGGAAGCAUGAGAGACUCCCAACGUUGGAUCUUACUGCCCUCCCCAAACCCUCGCAUCUCUCUCCCGACACUUUGAACCCACUGACAGCCAAGAGGUGUUAAAGAAAAAAAAUAAGUCCAAGUGUCUUAUCUGAUCCUGGGUCUGGUUUGUAAUCCCGCCUUUUUCAUCUAUAAUUGAUAUAAAUUGGGAUGACAAUUUGACCCUAGAUAAGAUUAAGGUGGUUCUUAGCUAGUGUUGUACCCCCCAACACACACUCACCUCACCCCCGUUACCAACCACCCUUUCUGGCUACUCCCCUUUCAUCUCCUCUGUGGCAGAAUCCCAGUGACUUUGAGAUGUCCCUCCCCAACGCACUCGUGUUGACCCUGCCUUUAAGCAGCUGCUAUCCCCUGGCACCGCAGUGUGUGCAUCAGCUAAACUCGCCCGGCCCAGCCCGCCCCGCCGCAAUUUAAUUUGCACUUCUCCCUGAUUGAAAAGAGUCGCGCACUGGUCUGGCCACCAACUGUUAACCUCUAAUACUGUGAAUUUCCCCUUGUGGUCUUGUCUAGAAACAAAUGACCAGAAAAAAAAACAUAACCAGGAAAGAAAUGUCAGAGAACUAGAACAAGAGAGAGAGGGAGCGAGGGGGUGAGAGUAAGAGAGGUAAAGUGAUAUACAUGGUCAGUUAUGCAAGAGCACUUUUUUUCAAAAUUGACAAAUUCCCCCAUUGAAUGUAAUGUCGGGGGUAUUUUUGUACGACUUUUUUAUAACGGUGAUAAAAAUCAGAAAGGAAAUGAUAUGAACAGAGGACAGCUUGUGAUAGAAUGUCCCACAGGAAAUGGAAGGUAAUGUGAACGGUUCCUUGACCAAUGACCACUACGACGUCUUCCUUUUGUAUCCACAUAACAACAACAUCUGUAAACCUGACACCCACCGAUUGCCAACAAACAACUUCUUCACCCAUUGAUCGCAAUCAGUCUUUCCCAGUUAAUCCUCUUAUCCAGCGUCCUCCGUGUCCCGACCUCCAAAAGGAUUUCAGAGACUGGUACCAAUAUAAUCGUAACGCAAUCAAUAACUUGUCGAAGACACAAUUGUUUUUAUAGGUGCAUUCACACACACGACACAGAGUUAACAAUGCGCACCCAAAUACACUCAAGGCAAUACAAAAAUAUAUUAAUCUGAAAAUGUUGAUGCGUGGGAAUGUGUUCAUUUCAAACAUCAGUCUUGUGUUCUGUCGAGUUGUGGUCACAACCUGUCUUUUUUUUGUGUGGAGCUGUACACAACUGUUCUUUAUAGUUGAGCUAACCUAGCCGGAUUGAGGGCAUUUUAUUUCCCAUGAAGACGGCGUGACAUGCUGCUGUGUGUGUGACGUGUGUAUGUGUGUUUGAGUGUGUGUGAGGCGAUGUUACUCCGAUAGUAGGUCCUUUGUAUGUAUAACUUGUUUUGGCGAUAUCAUUUUUGGUAUGUCUCCUGUGCUGAUGAGCUUUUGAAUUGACCAACAGUCGGCAUCUAAAGCAUUGAUUUAGCAUAGCAGAGCCGCACAAGUCCUGGAUAAAAGCCGCUAGUUAAAGACUGCACAAAUACUUGUCUCUUACCUAGAGGUUAUUUUGGCAUUAGAUCGACGAUUAAGAGAAAGAAAUACAGGAGAAAUAGGUUAGCAUUAGAUAUCCUCUAUCCGAUCUUUACCUUACUAUUCAAAUAUAUUAACUGUCAGAGGUGAAAAAAAAUCGCGAGAUACUUUUUACUAGUCAAAACGCUAUGUAUGCAAGUGUCCACCCAACAAUUUAUCAGACUUGAGAAAUGCAAAAACCACCAAGUAGUAUCCUGUUAAAACUAAUACUGUAGAUUGCAAUGUGAUUUGCUGACCACUGUCCCUUUGUUAAAAAAAAUCACUACUUCUGCAAGUCCAAUAAGUG